CAGCUGGAGGCCGUGGCGAGCGGGUGGCUGUGGCCGCUGACAGGACGGCCCCUCGACAUGGACUCCACCGCCUGCUUGAAGUCCUUGCUCCUGAGCAUCAGUCAAUACAAAGCCGUUAAGUCGGAGGCGAACGCCACCCAGCUCCUGAGGCACCUGGAGGUAGUUUGUGGACAAAAGCUGACACGACUGUUUACAUCACAGCAGAUACUACCAAGUGAAUGUUUGAGUUGCCUCGUAGAACUUCUUGAAGACCCAAACAUAAGUGCUUCACUGAUCUUAAGUAUUAUCAGUUUGCUGUCUCAACUGGCUGUAGAUACUGAAACCAGAGACUGUCUUCAGAGUAUAUACAACCUGAAUAGUGUGUUGGCAGGAGUGGUUUGUCGGAGCAGCACUUGCCACAGUGAUUCAGUGUUUUUACAGUGCAUUCAACUUCUGCAGAGGUUAACAUAUAAUGUCAAGUUUUUCCAUUCUGGUGCCCACAUAGAUGACUUAAUUACAUUCCUGAUUGGUCAUAUUCAGUCUUCUGAAGAUGAGUUAACGAUGCCUUGCCUAGGAUUGUUGGCAAAUCUUUGUCGGCACAAUCUUUCUGUUCAAACACAAAUAAAAACUUUGAGUAAUGUGAAAUCCUUUUAUCGAACUCUCAUAAGCUUCCUAGCACACAGCAGUUUGACUGUAGUUGUGUUUGCACUUUCAAUAUUAUCCAGUUUGACGCUAAAUGAAGAAGUGGGAGAAAAGCUAUUUCAUGCUCGAAACAUUCAUCAGACUUUCCAACUAAUAUUUAAUAUUCUAAUAAAUGGUGAUGGUACUCUAACAAGAAAGUACUCAGUCGACCUACUUAUGGAUCUCCUUAAAAAUCCUAAAAUUGCUGAUUAUCUUACCAGGUAUGAACACUUCUCUUCAUGUCUUAAUCAAGUUCUCGGACUUCUAAAUGCGAAAGACCCCGAUUCUUCUUCAAAGGUUUUAGAAUUGCUUCUUGCAUUCUGUGCAGUGGCUCAGCUGCGCCAUGUGCUCAGUCAGAUGAUGUUUGAACAGUCUCCAUCUGGCAACAGCAUUCUGGGAAGCCGUCCUAAAAGCUUAGAACCUACUGUGGCUCUGCUUCGUUGGUUAAGCCAACCUUUGGAUGGAUCUGAAAACUGUUCUGUUUUAGCACUGGAGUUGUUCAAGGAAAUCUUUGAGGAUGUCAUUGAUACUGGUAACUGCUCCUCAACUGACCGUUUUGUGACCCUUCUGCUGCCUACAAUCCUUGAUCAGCUUCAGUUCACAGAACAAAAUCUGAAUGAGGCCUUAAUAAGAAAAAAAUGUGAAAGGAUGGUCAAAGCCAUUGAAAUUUUAUUAACUCUGUGUGGAGAUGACACUCUAAAAAUGCAUAUUGUAAAAAUAUUGACUACUAUAAAGUGCACCACGCUGAUUGAACAACAGUUUACAUAUGGCAAGAUUGACCUGGGAUUUGGAACAAAGGUAGCAGAUUCUGAAUUAUGCAAACUUGCUGCUGAUGUAAUUUUGAAGACUCUUAAUUUGAUGAACAAACUAAAACAACUGGUUCCUGGUAUGGAAGUAAGCUUCUACAAAAUCCUUCAGGAUCCACGAUUGAUUACUCCGUUGGCUUUUGCUUUAACAUCAGAUAAUAGAGAACAAGUACAGUCUGGAUUGGGAAUAUUGCUGGAAGCUUCUCCACUGCCAGAUUUCCCUGCCUUAGUUCUUGGAGAAAGUAUAGCAGCAAACAAUAUAUACAGACAGCAAGAAACUGAACAUCUGCCCAGGAAAAUGCCUUUGCAGCCCUUAAAUCCCUGUUUUCCAGCGUCAACGAAGUGCUUGUCGCCUCCUCUUUCAAAGGAUAAUGCUCCUCCAUUGAACAUUGAGGAGCUAAUAGAAAAACUGCAGGCCGGAGUAAUGGUAAAGGAUCAGAUUAAUGAUGUAAGAAUAUCUGACAUAAUGGAUGUUUAUGAGAUGAAACUUUCCACAUUAGCUUCUAAAGAGAGCAGGUUACAAGAUCUCCUGGAAGCAAAAGCCCUGGCUCUUGCACAGGCUGACAGACUCAUCGCUCAGUAUCGCUGUCAGAGAACUCAAGCAGAGACAGAGGCACGGACACUUGCGAGUAUGUUAAGAGAAGCUGAAAGAAAAAAUGAAGAUCUUAGUAUGUUGCUGAAAUCACAACAGCUGGAAUCGGAAAGAGCCCAGAAUGAUAUUGAGCAUCUCUUUCAACACAAUAGGAAAUUAGAGUCUGUGGCUAAAGAACAUGAAAUACUGACAAAGUCCUACAUGGAACUUGUUCAAAGAAAUGAGACUACUGAAAAGAAGAAUGCCGACUUACAGACUACGUGUGAGUCCCUGAGUAAACAGAUUGAGACAGUGAAAAAGCUGAAUGAGUCACUCAAGCAGCAAAAUGAAAGAACUAUUGCUCAGUUAAUGGAAACAGAAGAACAGAGAAAAGAAGUCCAGAGCCAAUUAGCAGACAGAGAAUGUAAAUUAUCAAAUUUGCAUAAAAAAGCAAAGUCCCAAGAAGAAAUGAUUAAUGUUUUACUAAAGGAAAAAGAAGAUAAGCAGGAAACCAUUGAUAUCCUUAGGAAAGAAUUAAGCAGAACAGAACAAAUAAGAAAAGAAUUGAGUAUUAAGGCUUCCUCCCUAGAAGUGCAGAAGGCUCAAUUAGAAGGUCGUUUGGAAGAGAAAGAAUCUUUGGUGAAACUUCAGCAAGACGAGUUGAACAAGCACUCUCACAUGAUAGCAAUGAUCCACAGUUUAAGUGGAGGAAAAAUAAGCCCAGAAACUGUGAAUCUCAGUAUAUAAAUAUUGUGGCUUUGAUGAAUUGGCAAAUGUAUACUUUUGAUGUGUUUAUAUAUUGGAGGUGGCAGUCAGUGGAGAAAUUGUGACUCCAAAAUAGUUAUCAUUUGCUUACUACCUACUAACUUAGUAAAAAUCCUAAUUUGACCCUUGUUUUAUUUGAUCUUUGGAAUAUUAAUUUUUUUUAGAUUUUUGUAUUUUGGUUUCUCUAAUGUUUGCUCUUACAUGUCUUAGGUAUUCUUAUUUCUGAUCAUAGUCAUGGGUUAUUUCAUAUCUACCAUGAGUACACUUUCAUAAAUGUGCUUUUAAGCACUCUCUUUAUUGUAUUAACACGUUUGAGUAGACACACAGACUACAAGGGCUACAGUGUCUUCUUUUAGUACUGUCAUAAUAAAUACGCUUUGUCACUGACUUUGUGAUGAUGACAAAGUAAUGUAUUUGUUAAAUUAAGCUUUCUUGAUAGAACAGUCUUGAAGAUGAUCAGUUAAGAUCAAUUAGUUAAAAGGAGAAA